AUGUACCAGCACCAUCUAGGCAUGCAGCGCCGUCCAGAUGGAGCUGAUGCUCAUGUAGACCAACCUGUCAAUACAGCACAAAACGCAAAUCCACACCCUGCACCAUUACCCCCGAUGGUUCCAAACGACCCAUUCAUGGACACAAUGCCUGAUCAUCGCCAUGGUUUCCGUCCAUCAGCGUUGGGUUUGUACAGCGGGGAGGGCGGGGGAUAUGACUUUGGAGGACCGCAGCCUCAGAGUGGAUCUGGAUUGAAUCAAUUGCGUCCUCAACAGUUUGACCAACCCACUUCCAAUGGGUACAACCCAGUGAAUGCCACUCCGUACGGCGAUCCUGGAUCUCGUGGGCAUUCAGUACCCCCUGGUACACCCAUGAUGGGUGCCGGCGAGCAUCUGGGUAUGCGAGGAUAUUCAGUGCCUCCAACGCCCCAAUUUCAUGGCACUAUGCAGCGAAAUGACUCGUCAAUGAACCAUAACAACCUCCAGCAGCAGCUACUCACCGAGAUGCAGAAAAUGAAUGCUCAUCUUGCUGCCGUUGAAUCUGCUAGCCAGAUUAUCCUCGCAAACCAGCAAACAGCUAACGAACAUGCAGAGAAACAUGAAAAUGUGCUCAAGGAGUUGCUGACAAGUGUUGAUGCGAUGAUGGCAUUGGGUGCAUCUAAGAGCACCGCUGGUAAGAAGAAUAUCUCUAAUAAACAUCCGGAUUUAAAAGUCAUUGACUACUCACCAUCGAACAUACUGCAUGCUGACUAUAUCAGCCUAUCAUACAGCCAAUAUUCUUCGAGCUCUGUUGCAUAG